CAAUUCCUCCGUAGUGGUGGACUGAUACUUGUUUUUUGCUCUGUAGUUAUUUUCAAAAUGAAGAGGAAAAGUGAUAUUUCACACUUUUUCCAAAAAAAGAAAGAAGCUUGUGCAGAAAGUCAGGUACAGCCAGAGAAUUCAAGUGAGGGACGAGCCACGGAACCUACACAUAAUGAGCGGCAAGAGCGGGAAGAUAGUUCAGCUGGAGAAAGCGGUGCAGAGAGUGAGGAGACAUUAGAACAGGGAGAGACAGAUGAACAUCAUGGGAGUGAGGCUGAGUGUGAGGACCAGAGAAAAGAGCUGUUUGUGUCCACAAACACAGCACCAUCAGAUAUCAGCAAAUGCAGAGAUGAUUCACCAGUUCAGCCAAUGCUGAAAAUAUAUCCAAGGACUAAGAUGGGAGACAGGAGGAGGAGUUUCAAGGCAGCCUGGUACAAUAUCCACCCCUGGCUUGAAUAUUCCAAACAUUCAGACUCUGCAUAUUGCUUUGCAUGCAGACACUUCAGUCCUCCCAAAAGCUCAGAGACAGUGUUUGACUCAGUAGCUGGAUUCCGCAAUUGGAAGAAGGCAACUUACAAAGAGGGGGGAUUUGCAAUCCAUGCAAGAUCUGAGCGCCACAAACAAGCAAUGAUUGCAUGGAGAGACUAUCAGAAAGCUGUAAAAAAUGAUGCAACACUCUUAAAUGCCCUAAACAAAGAACACAACAAACAGAUUACAGAAAAUCGGGACUAUAUUAAGACAAUUGCUGAGGUUCUGCUGCUUACAGCCACACAGAACAUUGCACAAAGGGGACACAACGAGUCUGCAGAUUCUGAUAAUAAAGGGAACUUCAUGGCAAUUUUAGAAACAAUAGCUAAGCAUGACAAAACUGUGAAAAAAAGAUUGACUUCCAUUCAUAAUGCAAAAUACACAAGCAAAGUAAUUCAGAAUGAGGUUCUGAGUUGUUUGGCAGACAUGGUUCGUACCAAAAUUAUAGAAGAAGUGAAAGACAGUGAGGUCUUUAGCAUCAUGGUUGAUGAGACCAAAGAUGUGAAAAAAAAAGAACAGAUAUCUUUAGUAGUCCGGUACUAUUUCAGCGGAGCUGUGCAUGAGAGUUUUCUCCACUUUGAAUCUGCUGAUCGACUAGAUGCAGCAGGGCUUACUGACAAAAUUAUACACAUUCUACAAAGUCAUGGUCUUGAGUACAGAGACAAUCUAGUAGGCCAAGCAUAUGAUGGUGCUUCUGUCAUGAGUGGCAAGUACACAGGCGUCCAGGCGCGCAUUAAAGAGCAAGCAAAGCAUGCAUUUUAUGUCCACUGCAGUGCACACUGUCUUAAUUUAGUUUUAGUAGACACUGUUAAAACUGUUCCUGAGGCAGACCAAUUCUUCUCCUUGCUAGAAAGACUAUAUGUCUUUACAUCUGGAUCAUAUGUGCAUCAAAAAUGGCUUAGUGUACAAAAAGAGAUGUAUGAAGGUGCACCCAGAGAGCUCCAGAGGUUAAGUGAUACCCGCUGGGCAUGUCGGUAUAUGUCUCUACGUAACAUUAUUGAUAGAUUGCCUGCCAUUAAGCGAGUCCUUCAGGAGAUAGCCCAUGAACACCAUGGUGACAGAUCUGUUGAGGCACGAGGUCUGCUUGCGCAAAUAGAUCUACAAUUCAUUGUUUAUCUUGUUACAUUCUGUAAAGUGUUUGGAGAAACAAAACUUCUCUCUGAUAUGCUACAGUCUCCAUCUCUUGACCUCUCAAAGGCUGUUGAUUUAGUUGAAGCCUUAAUUCAGACUUUGAAUGACUACAGGAAUGAGUCUUUUUUUGAUAGCCUAUGGAAUGAAGUGUUGACUACUGCUGAGCAGUGUGAUACUGCAGUACAGCCAACUGCAAAACGACAAAAAAAGCUAAGCUCUAAACUUGGUGGACACUGUGUACUCUCGACUGUAGGUCAGAAAAGGUCAGAUUCAGAACUAGAAAAAGAGAGUUUUCGCACAGGCUUUUUCUACCCUGUUUUAGAUCAUAUACUCACUGAGCUUAACAGGCGGUUCUCCAGCAGAAACUGUGACCUAAUGAAUGGCAUUCAAGCUCUUAAUCCUAAAAGUGAUGGAUUCCUCAAAGAGGAUACUCUGUUCUCAUUUGCUAAAAUGUAUGAGUCAAACAUUGAGGACUUGGGACAUGAACUACAUCAAUUCAGGAGGAUUUUGGAAAGGAAAAUACAAACUGGUACGCCAAGACCCUUUAGUGUAGUUGAACUGGCAUCAUUUAUGGAGCCUUAUAAAGAGGUUUUUUUUGAGCUCUACAAACUGUGCAAAGUAGCUGUUUCAAUUCCUGUUACUACUGCUUCUUGUGAGCGAAGUUUUUCUACACUAAAGCUGGUGAAAACCUAUCUAAGGUCCACUAUGACAGAUGAGAGAUUGAGUAAUUUGGGUGUACUGAGUAUUGAGUCAAGGAGGGCAAAGACCUUGAAUCUAGAAGAAUUUGUAGAUCUGUUUGCAAGAAACCAUAAGAACCGAAGAAUACAGUUGAUGUAAUGGAACUGUAUGUAUCUUAUGAGCUGUUUUUUUUUUUUUUUUUUGCACUAAAGUUUGAGUCCUCUUUGACUGUAAAUGUACACUUUUAGUUGAGGAUAGCAAAGGCCUUUGACCUGUUUUGAUCUGUGGCAAGAAUAUGUAAAUUGUAAGUUGAUAUAAAUUGUACAUGAAACAGAAAAAGUGAAUAAUAUAUUGUAAAGCAUAAUAAAAGCUUUGAAGGGUGA